AUGCAGUCCCAGGUUUCGAUUUGGUCCACGAGCGUAAACUCGAAAACCUCAAAUUCUGUAGUGGCAACGUUAGGUGAUGACGGGAAUUUAGUUUUGAGAGGUGGUUCAAAACAUAAGUCAACUGAAGGAUUCUGGCAAAGUUUUGAUCAUCCAACAGAUACGUUUUUGCCAGGUGGAAAACUUUCCUAUGACAAACGUACAAAAACAAAAAAAAAAUUCACUUCUUUGAAAAAUUCUGAGGAUCCUGCACCUGGACUAUUCUCACUUGAGCUGGGCAAGAACCCUAAUGGGAGUCAUGAGUGCAAUAUAAUCAGGAAUAGGACUGUAAAAUACUGGACUAGUGGAGCUUGGAAUGGGUACAUGUUCGGUUUAGUCCCUAAAAUGAGGCUGAGUUAUAUCUUUAAUAUUACUUAUGUUGAUAAUGUUAAUGAGACUUAUUUCACAUGUUCUCUUUAUAAACCUUCUACUAUGUCGAAAUUGGUGAUGAGGUUUCCGGCAGACUUAGGGAGACAUUAUGGUUUGAGAAUACGAAGGAGUGGAUUUUGUUUGUGUCUCUGCCAGGGCAACAAUGUGAGGUGUACGCAUAUUGUGGGGCAUUACUCUGGUGGCUGUGUGAGAAAGAACAAUCUGUCGUGUGAGAAUGGUCCGGAUGGAAACGAUAAGUUUUUGGCGAAUUCCCAAGUUAUGUUACCUAGUAAUUCUCAAUCAGUGAUGACGAGGAGUGCUGGAGAAUGUGAAUCUACAUGCUUGAAUAGUUGCUCUUGUACAGCAUAUUCUUCUGAUGGCCAUGAAUGCCUAGUUUGGAAUGGAGAACUAAUGAAUUUGCAAAAACUCUCGGACAAUGAUAGCAAUGGGAGAACUAUCGAUAUUCGGCUUUCUGCCUCUGCCGUCCAGUUUCUGAGCACCAAACAGACCACCAAAAAAGGUAAAGGGGUUGUAAUAGGCGCUGUUGUGGGUUCCUGUCCAAAUUUUUGGUUGUAUAUGUUCUGA